GAGAUGGAUGCGCGUGUGGGGUGAGGGGGGGAGAGGACGGGGGAGAGGAGGGGGGAGAGGACGGGGGAGAGGAGGGGGGAGAGGAAGGGGGAGAGGACGGGGGAGAGGAGGAGGGAGAGGAGGAGGGAGAGGAGGGGAGAGAGGAGGGGGAGAGGACGGGGGAGAGGAGGGGGGAGAGGACGGGGGAGAGGAGGGGGGAGAGGAGGAGGGAGAGGAGGAGGGAGAGGAGGAGGGAGAGGAGGGGGGAGAGGAGGGGGAAGAGGAGGGGGGAGAGUGGAGGAGUGGGAGAGGGAAAAAAGGAAGGGGUAAAAGGGAGGGGUGGGCGAGCAUCUAGCCCUUGAGACCGCCGCCGCCUCUCGC